AUGAAGAGGAAGCAGCAUCCAUAUUGUGUAUAUUCAGCUCCAAUCGAGGUUCAUUAUGCAGCUCGUGUCAUGGGGAGCGACCGUGAUCCACAUGUAUCAUUCGAAACACUUUUCAAGCACUUUGGACUUUUAGAAAAUGGCCUCGUGCAACUAUGUUCCUUGACCUUAUACAAAGGGUACAAAGCCAAGCUUGCUGCUCGUGAGACUGCCCACCAGCGCCUGGUGGUGACCGCAUGGGAAAUUGAGGAGUCAGAGCACUUCACUGCAUUCCUUGAUGCCCUGCAUGAUGAGAACAAGGAACAAGUUGGAUUUGCGGACAGGGAGUUGCAGAACUUGCGAUCCCGGCUCCCUAGCCUUGAGAUCCACAACAGCGAUGACAAUCAGAUCAUUCUGGAUGAUUCUUCGGACUCGGAUUCUGAUGAAGAAGAGUGUCUCGGGGCAUCAGUGGGGGAUGAGGCCCUUCCAAUUGUGAAUGUCAUGCGGAUAUUUAUCUGUACCCUCCACCCUUACUGCACCCUCAGUCACCCCAGUCCUGCCAGUGCAUGCCUGCGAAACGAGCCAGAGUCAAACACUUACGCCAGUCCAUCAAGUGCGCAAGCUGGUUAUGCACCCUUUGCCCCUGCUCACGAUGUAAUCAACACUUAUGCUGGACCAUCAAACACACACACCGGUCCAUCAAGUGUGCAAGCUGGUUAUGCGCCCUUUGCCCCUGCUCACGACAUAAUCAACACUUAUGCUGGACCAUCAAACACAUACGCCGGUCCAUCAAGCGCGCACGCUGAUUAUGCGCCCUUUGCCCCUGCUCACGACAUCAUCGACACUUAUGCUGGACCAUCAAACACGUAUGCUGGUCCAUCAAGCGUGCACACUGAUUAUGCGCCCUUUGCCCCUGCUUAUGAUGUCAUCGACACUUACGCUGGACCAUCAAAUGCUUAUGAAGACUAUGGUGAAAUAUCACAUUCGCAUGUCAUACAUACAGCAGGCCCUGCUCGCUCAUCUAACAUGCGACAACACACCCGAAAGCUACCUGCAACGCUGUACAUUGCUCAUGAGACUGUUGUCUCUGAGACAAUGCAGGCAGCUGCAGGCCUUGCAGAGGCACUGGACAACAACCGCCAUCUCCAGAUUACAGGACCGAUGUGCGAGCAGAUCUUCAAGCGCUCGAAGGAGCUUGUCAUAGGGAUCGCGACACCUAAGAUUCCCGGUCUUCAUGGAACUCCCCACUGGGACAACCAAAAGAAGGAUCUCUCAAAGAUUUGGCGCACGGUACUCGUUAUGCGCAUGGUGCUCACAACACUUACUCGAGAAGGCAUUGUACUCGCCUACGAAUUCCUUCCUCCACAGGGUAGCUCGAUUUCCCCUGAAGCCUUUUGUAUUGAGCGUGAUGGGAUGCUAACGAUCCAUUCAAAAUUCAAAAAUCCAUUCAUCCUACACCUCGUCAUGAGAUUGGUAUGGAACAUGUGCUUCCGACUCGACACUUUACUCAUCUCGCCACACAGGGAGUUACACUAUGUGAUGGGGGCAGCCGGCACAUUCACAAAACAUAUACUGUUGGAACAGGGACACAUGAUACUUACUGUGUCUAAGGUAUCAUUGGACUCAAAUAAUUCUACCUUUCAGAUGCUCUGCUCAGACAUGGACGGUCUCACGGAUGAGGAGAAAGUUGAGUUGGAUGGGUGGAAAGAUCAUAUGGUCAUUUGUGGGAUUUCGCAACAGCACGUCGGGAAUGAGCUGUCCGAUUUCAACUUGAGCCCCGCAGACUUAGAUCAUGACUUGGACACUGAUGUGUGA